GUCAAAUUUGAAUUUAAAAAAAAUUCCGGAUGUACAAACAGCACCCUCUAUCAAAGAAAAAAAAAAGUAAACUUGUGUAGUUGUAGUAGUGAGGAUUAAUAUUCAUGUGUGUAUGUAUUGAAUAUCAAUGUGAAUUAUUUUUUUUCGCAUAAGUUUGUUUGCAUUUUUAUCUUUGUUAAUAACUUAAUAACAAAUAGUUUUUACCAAGUUAUUUUGUUGUUUAAUAUAUUGCGCAUUUAUGAAGACAAUUAUAAAAUCAUUAAUUACAAAUGUUGUUAUAAAACGAGUGCCUUGUGUGUUAGUCCUUUUCACUUGUCUUGAAUAACAAAUAUUUUGAUAAACAUCAUGCUUAAGACAGCAUUGAAAAAAACAUUUGGAUUUGAUGAUUUUAAGAAUGACAUUCAGGCUAAAGCUAUUGAUGCAAUAUAUGCAGGGAAAAAUGAUGUCUACGUUUGUAUGCCAACUGGAGGUGGCAAAUCAUUAUGUUUUCAAUUUCCAGCAGUGCUUAAGGAAAAUGCAGUUGCCCUUGUUAUUUCACCACUAUUGGCACUUGUCAAGAAUCAAGUUGAUUAUUUAAACUCUAAAAAAAUAAAAGCACAUACAUUAAAUGGAAAAACAUCAGUUGGACAAAAGACAGAAAUUAUUAAUGAUAUUACUAGUAAAAAACCAACGACCAAGUUGAUAUAUGUUACACCAGAAAUGUGUGCUCAGAAUCAUUUUCAUGAAGUUUUAAGAAAAAUGAAUAAACUUAAGACAAUAUCAUAUAUUGUCAUUGAUGAAGCUCAUUGUUUAAGUCAAUGGGGUCAUGAUUUUAGACCAAGUUAUAGAAAACUUGGUGAGUUAAGAACUGUCAUACCUGGUGUACCAGUUGUUGCUCUAACAGCCACUGCUGCUAAAGAGGUUGUUCAGGAUAUUUUUAAAUCUCUUCGAAUGGAAAAACCUCAAAUAUUUUCAUCACCAGUAUUUCGUGAUAAUUUAUUUUACGAUGUUUGGUUUGUUGAUUCAAUAGCAAAACCCCUGGAACAUCUUAAAAAUUUUAUUCUUGAGUCUUUAUCAUCAACAGAUACUAAAAAUAAUUGUGGAAUAAUUUAUUGUCGUAAAAAAGAAACAACUGAAUUUUUAGCUCAACAAUUGACUGAUGCUGGAAUACCAACACUUGCUUAUCAUUCUGGUCUUAAAGCUUCUGAACGUAUUAGCGUUCAAGAUCAAUGGACAUCUGGAACAACGCCAGUUAUCGCUGCAACAGUUAGUUUUGGAAUGGGGGUAGAUCUUGGUCCAAUCAGAUUUGUGGCACAUUGGACAGUUCCCCAAAGUAUUGCUGCGUAUUAUCAAGAAUCUGGUAGAUCAGGACGUGAUGGGAAACCUGGUUUUUGUCGUAUUUAUUUUAGCUCUGAAGAAUUUCGAGCAAUAUCAUUUUUAACCAAAGAACUUGAUCCAAAUCAACCAGCAGAAAUAGCAAAAUUAAAAUAUAAAAAUUUUGAAAAAAUGGUUAAUUUUUGUCUUGAGACAAAAUGUCGUCAUGGUGAAUUUUCAAAAUAUUUUGGUGAUAAUCCACCAAAUUGUAAAGAUCGUUGUGAUGUUUGUAAAGAUUUAAAUUCAAUUAAAAAACGUAUUAGUGAAUUUGAAGUACAUCAAACACGUCCAAAUAAAUCAACAAAAAUAUCACCACUUGAUGGUAUAUCAUUGUCAAAGUUUGAUAAUUAUGAUGAUGAAACAAGUGGUGGUGGUUUUGGUCCAUCAAUAGAAGAAAUACGUGCACAAGAUAAAAAAGAAAUGGAAGAUUUAAUACAAAAACAAUUUGCAUUAAGACGUGGUAGUGAUAAUUCUAGUCUUAAAAAAAUACAUAAAACAAAUAUUGAUGAUGCUAAAAAAGCACAAGUAUAUGCUGCUGAAAGUACUGAUGUUAAAGUCAAAGGUUUAACUGUUAAAGUACGUGAGCAUUGUUUAGCUCAGCUUAAAGAAGCAUUAAUGGAUAAUUAUAAAUUUUUUCAUGAUGAAUUAUCAGAACGUAUUGAAGAAAAUGAUAUUCAUGAAAUUGCAUGUGUUAUGGAAUAUGGAGUACUUUGUAAAACAAAAUUAUCAAAUAAGUACAAACUUGAUUUAAAUCAAUUAGUUAGUUCAGUCAGAAAAUCAACAGCUAGUCGUUGUAUUUAUGAAUCUUUCAAUGAUUUUAGAGAACCAUCGGUUAAUGAUAACAAAGAUGAUGAUAAUAAUGAUGAUAAUGAUGAUGAAAUUAUUGAUUCACAUUACGAAGGAUUUACUAAUUCAACAGAAUUAAUAUCAAAGUCAAAAGAUACAUCAAGUACUAAUGGUAAUUUUAAAUGUGAAGGUUUUAUUAGUUCAUCAGAAUUAUUAUUAAAAUCUAAAGAUAUUCCAAGUACUAAUGAUAAUAAUUUUGUUAGUUCUUCUGAAUUAAAAACAAAAAUAAAAGACCCAAAUACAUAUUAUGAAUUUGGAGGAUUUAUAAGUUCUUCAGAAUUAAUAUCAAAAAUAAAAGAAAAUUCUAAAGAUGAAGAAUCAUUAAAUAUUGGCUUUCGAACAGCUAAAGAAAUAAAUAAAAAUUCUAUAAAAGAAAAUUCUAAAGAUGAAGAAUCAUUAAAUAUUGGCUUUCGAACAGCUAAAGAAAUUAAUAAAAAUUCUAUAAAUACAGAUAAUAAUAAAUCAUCAUCAAUAAUUGAAAAUACAAAAAUAAAAAAACCACCAAAUGAAGAUAAAAAAAAUUGUGAUAAUAAAGGUAAAUUAAAAUUAAAAAAUACUGAUUUAAAAGAAAAAGGUUCAAUGUUUAAAUAUUUAGUUAAAAAAAUUGAUUUAAAUGAUUCAAGUAGAGAAAAUAAUAAAGCUAAUAAUACUGAUGAAUUAAUUAAUGGUAAUAAAAAUAUUGACAUUGAAAAAAAUAUAGACACAAAAAAAGAUUUAAUACAAAAUAAAAAACAUGAAAAUCGUAAACGUUCAGGUGAUACAAAUAAUUGUAAUGAUAAUAAUAAAAAAAUAAAAAUUGAUACUCAAAAAAAUGAUAAAAUAUUAGAUAAAAAUGAUAAAGGUUUUCAAGUUAAAAAAAUAUCAAGAAGUAGUGAAAAAACAUUAAAAUUUGAAACAGCAGCUGUUUUAAAAAAUUAUCUUAUGAAAUUUUAUCCAUCAAAAAGAAUACCAGAUAAAGAAUCAUUUACAAAAACUUGCAAAGACAUGCAUCAUAAAAUAAUGGAAGAAAAAAUAUAUGAUGAAGCUAAAAUGCAAAAAUGGGUAAGACAACAACUUCGUGAAAUGUAAGUUUUAUUUUUCCAUGAAAAAAAGAAAAAAACCGAAAAAAAUAUUUAAUAAAUUUUACAAGUUUUUUAAUUUGUUUUUUUUUUUUUUGUUU